AAACAAUCCAAACAGAGUGAAAGAAGCGCAAUGACUGCGCGUACGUGAUGCUCGUGAACACACCUUUUUCCUCAUACAGGCGGAAGUUUACAGUUGGAUUCCCCGACCCUCCUCCAUGUCAAAUAAUUGAAGAAAACCUAUCCCAGACUGUGGCACCAUGUCUGAUCCGGAAUCCCCGGAUGCUAGUGACCCGGCCCAGAGACGUCCAGAGAUGACGUCAGGGAAGCUGGAAGACUGCAGUCAAACACUGGAACUCGGUGUGGCUGUCAAAGAUGAUGAUGGUAAUGACGAGGAGGAGGCUGAUGAAGAGGAAGAGGAUAGCGAUGAUGUAGACUCUGGGCGUAACGUUGUGAAAGUGGACAUGGACGAGGAGGAAGGAGAAGCAGUGAAAUCGGGGCUUUCUAUUGUUAAAAGAGUUGCGGAGGAGGAGGAGGGAGGUGGCGGAGAUGAGACCAACUCAGGAGGGGGCGCCAACUCGGACACAGACAGUUUAGACGGGGAGAAGGAACAGAGUUCGAACGCUCAGAGUGCAGUGGAGAAGCCACACCCUUGCUCCCAGUGUGGCAAGACCUUCAUCACCGUGGGGAGCCUGAAGAGGCACACACAGACUCACAGCGGAGAGAAACCCCAUCAGUGCUCCGUCUGCGGGAAAUGUUUCUCACGCUCAGACGACAUGAAGAGACACCUCACCAUCCACACAGGAGAGAGGGUGAACCGCGUCUGUCACCAGUGUGGGAAGACUUUCACCAGUCUGGGAGGGCUGAAGAAACACCAGAUGACCCACACAGGAGAGAAGCCGUUCCAGUGUUCCGAGUGUGGGAAAGGUUUCACUGCGCAGGGUAACCUCAAGAUCCACCAGCGCAUCCACACAGGGGAGAAACCGUACCAGUGCUCCCAGUGUCAGAAAAGCUUCUCCCGGCUGGCCCACUAUAAAGACCACCAGCAGACUCACCGGGAGGAGAAACCGUACCACUGCAAUGACUGUGGGAAAAGCUUCUCCUACUUCAAGUCGCUCAAGUGCCACCAGAUGAUCCACAAAGGGGAGAACCUCCACCACUGCUCCGUAUGCGGUAAAGGGUUCGCCAUCCGCGGCAACCUGAAGACCCAUCUGCAGACACACACCAAGGAGAAACCACACCAAUGCUCAGAGUGCGGGAAACGGUUCUCCCGAGCCCACGACCUGAAGAAACACAAGCUGCUCCACACGGGGCAGAAGACCUACCACAUUUGCCAGUGUGGCAAGAGCUUCACGGAGCUGGGGAACCUGCGGACCCACCAGAGAACCCACACCGGAGAGAAACCAUUCUGCUGUUCAUUCUGCGGCCGAACCUUCUUGCGUGCUGGAGACCUGAAGAGCCACCAGCGGACACACACCGGAGAGAAACCAUUCAUCUGCGCCAUAUGUGGGACCAGUUUCGCCCAAUCUGGCAACCUGAAAGUGCAUCAGAUCACACACACUAAAGAGAGGCCGUACCCUUGUACUGUCUGUGAUAAGGGGUUCACCACACCGGGGAGUCUGAAGCUACACAUGAGGACACACACAGGGGAGCGGCCUUUCCUGUGUAGCGCAUGUGGGAAAGGGUUCACGGCGUCAGGGCAGCUGAAGAGGCACCAAGAGUGUCACAUGAGAGACACUGUCCAAUCAUCUCCUAGUGAAGACACGGGGGUGGCGGUGGCUUCAAAAUAAAAGUCCUCUUUAAGCGGACUACGAAAUAAGAGUACUGGAAACGUGCCAAUGUGUGUCUGAACUGUGAUCAUGAUGGGAGGUUUUACUGCCAUUCACUAUGGGCUCUGGUCAAAUGAGACACCAUUCACUAUGGGCUCUGGUCAAACGAGACACCAUUCACACUGGGCUCUGGUCAAACGAGACACCAUUCACACUGGGCUCUGGUCAAACGAGA